GCCAUUUUAAGAAUUUUCUGAGAAAGUGAAGAAGUGUUUUCUGUCCUGUUCGUGACGGGUUAACGUGAAUAAUAAUUUAACAUAAAAAUUACCAAUAAUUUAAACAAAUAAAACGUUUUUACGUUACCAACAACAACAACCAAUACGGAAACGUCUAAACGAUUAAUAAAAUAUAAAACAGAAAAGCAAGAAAUUAGAAAAUUGCAUUCCAAGCCAACAACACAUACAAAAGAAAAAAUCAGAAGUAAAAAAGUAAGAAAAUUGAGAAGAAGAAGAUUCAGCGAAUAAAAAAAGUAAUUCUCAUUGGAUUUUUGCUUUUUAUUACACUCACGCACCAGUAGCAAGUAAAAGACCAACAAACAGUGUGAAUUGCAACAAACUCUCGUGUUAAGUAGUGCGAAAAAAAGAGAUAACUAUAGAGUGUUUACUAAGAGAACAUAUAGAGAAUAGUUGAAUUGCAAAAAAUAGAAAAAAAAGAAAUUUGAAUUGUUUUUUUUAAUAUUACUGAAUAUAUUUCUUUUUUCUUCUUUAAAAGAAAACUUUAGUUUUCUCUAUAAUAAAACAUAGAAAAGAAAAAAACAAUAAUAUAUAAAAAAAUAUUAUUGUGCAUGUUGAGUGUGAAAAAUUUUGCAAAAGGAAAAGUUUGCUAUUACGUCCAUUACAACAAAAAGAUCAACGAACUUCCGAAAGUAAGAAAGAUAAAGUAAAGGAAAACGAAUAAAGAGGAGUUGAAGGAAAAGAGGAUAAACAGAAGACUGAGGUUUAGUUAAUAAACUUACAUUAAAACAAAAAAGGAUUAACAAAAAAAAACUCCUAUAAAAUAAAUCAAACUAUUAUUAUUUAAAAAAGUCGUCAUUUCUACUAAGUUUUUAACAAAAAAGGACUUUAAAGAAAGAGAAACAAUAAAACACUUUCUCAACACUUCUCUAAGAAUUCAAAAAAUAAAGAAAAACCAAAACAAGAAGUAAAACAACCAACAAAAAAACCUGCCAAACAUAAUUAAAAUUCAUUCAAAAACAACAAAGUUCUUUUUGUUUUUCUCCACACACACAAGAAAGCUAACUAAAAUACUAAAAUAAAUAAGACUUUUUAUUCAUUAUUAUUUAAACACAAAAAAAUCCAAUACAAUUUUUUAUUUUGCAACAUAAGCAAUUAAUUGCAUAAAAAUAUAAAUAAUACAAAAAAGUCUAAAUAAGAGAUAAACACCAACAAAAACAAUAAGAGCACGACAACAACAAAAACAACUAUAUAAUAGUAAUAAAUACAAAAAUAUACUUAUUGUUUUAAACAAAACAACAGGCAUCAAUCUAUCUCCUCCAUUGAAUUUAAAACAAAUAGAAAACCAAACAACAAUAAAUAUAACAAAAAAUAAAAAAAGCAUAUUAGCAGUAGCCACAUACAAGCAGUAACAACCACAACAAGAUCCGAAGAGUGAGAGGUGCUUGGUGCACGAGGGGCAAGUUAACGCUAAUGAGGAUCUAUUGGCAGCAUGAGUACACUGGGGGGAAGUAGGGGAGAGCGAAAUGCCAAGCCCAAGUUCUCAGCACUCGAUAUAAAUCGAAUGUACAAAAAUAGUCGUGGUGAAACAACGGAACCUUCAGCACAAAAAAAUCAAGUGCCACGUAAACAUGGAAUGCAAAGUUUGGGCAAAGUGCCGUCCGCUCGGCGACCACCAGCUAAUUUACCAUCCUUAAAAGCUGAAACAACUAGUUCGCCAAUAAUUGCUAAUAAUAAUCUAACUGGUCAAGAAGGAGGCGUACAAACACCAACGUCUGGUAAUAAUCCAUUAAAAAGUACCAACGUAACUAAUAACAGCAGCAACAACAUUAGCAGCAACUCAAACAACAGUAAUAUUACUGCAAACAACAUCAAUAGUAGCAACAGCAGCGGCAGCAGCCUUCAUAAACAAUACAACAGUAACAGUAAUAAUAACAACAGCAGCAACAACAACAGUAGUAGUAAUAGCAAUAGCAACAGCACUGUUAUUGGAGUUGGUAGCAAAUUAAUAAAUAAUUCUGCACCCGUUGGUGGUAAAAACAGCGGUAGUAAUCAAAAUCAACACCACCACAAUCAACAGAAACCCAUAACAUGGUCUGCGGUAACAACAGGAAACGACAACCAACGAGGUGGGAAGAAUACAGCAAAUGUACCACCACUCUAUCAGAGUCCACAAUUUCAACACGAGUUUCCAACAUUAGAUGGCACAGUUGGUGGCGUCGGAAGCGGUGGCAAUGCGAAUGCUGCAAAUCGCCGAAGUGGCGGCGGCGGAGGAGAACGAAACGAAAGGGGAGGUGGGGACAGAGACAGAGGAGAUCAAAUGCACCAUCAUCAUCAUCAACAGCAGCAACAUCAUCACUCGAAUUCGAAUCAUCAUCAGAAUUAUCAUCAUCAACGUGGUGGAGAUUAUCAUCAUGGUGGUGGCGGCGGCGGAGGCCGACAUCAGCAGCAUCAUCAACAACGCAACGAGGCACACAACAACUACAGAGAUGGCAACGACGGAAACGGCGGCGAUCAAAAUCGCGACAUGAACGAAGUAAGCUUAAGACCCCAAACAGAUGCUGCAGCUUGGUUGCAACAACAGGAAAAGAACGCCAAAGGUGUUGCAGCCGACAACCAAGCGAACCAUCAGGGCCAGGGCCCCCAACAGGGUGCGGCUAAUAAUUCUGGCGCUGCAGUACCACUACCAAUAUUGGCCUUGAUGCCACCAUUUAUGCAGCGCGGUGUACCCCUACCAGCCGGAAGUGGCAGCGGUGGUGGCAAUGGUACAUCUUCCAGCUCAGGUGGUUCAAAUAUGGGACGUUCCCAGACACCACCCAACUAUCAAAAUGGUAUAACUAAAGAUUCGUCUUCAUCGUCGUUGAAUACACGAACACAAACACGCGGAAACAUACAAGACUAUCGCUCGAACUCAUCAAAUUCUUCGUCGGCAGUCAGCAGUUUCCGACAGGCCACGUCUAUACCCAAACGUCCUCCUUUACUUAAUACUCCUCCACUACCCAAUAGCAAUGGUGGUGGUGGUGGCGUUAGCGGUGUUAACCGUAAAGAUAAGGAUUAUAUUAUUGAACCGGAAGUUGCUCAGAUGCAACGACCAAUUAUAAGAGAAGAAGAUUUGGAACGCCUAAAUGCUAUAGCUAACGAUGACAGUUGGACAAAACAGGAUGACAUUGAUUAUACCAAGAAAUUGACAUUCUCAGAUGAUGAAUCACCCGAAGAUACGCCAACGCAGGAACGUGAGAGACCAGUAUUUAAUAAGACCAACAGUGGAAAUCUCAAUGAUCAACGCAAAAACUCCAAUGCCAGCGGGACAUCCUCCAUCACGGGUGGUGGAGCUGGUGCGGGUAAUUGGCAAAGAAAGGAACGUGACAGUUUGGAAAGGGAAAAAUCUAUCAGCGGUGGGGAUCAUGUAGAUGAUACACGUCACCAAAAUGGCCAUCGACCAGCUGGUGGUACUGGUAGCAUAACCCUAGAUGCCAGUGUCUAUGAAAGAGUUAAACAACGCAAGGAGGAGGAAGAACGUAGAGAAAUGGAAAGGAAAUUGGCAGCUGCAAGAAAGAAACAAGAAUUAGAAAUGAAAAUGAAUAGUAAAAAGGCGGCCGGAGAUGGUGGUUAUGGCUAUGAACAGCAGCAGUCGCAACAACAAACGCAGCAGCAGCAACAACAACAAUCGCAACAAGGACAAAUGAGUUCAUCAACCAGCGGAGAAGAGAGCCAGCAAUCGCGCAGAAGUGGAGGUGGUUAUGAACGUUCGGGCAACUCGGAUAGAGGAAGUACUGGUAGUCGUAGUGGGGGCUACGAUUCACGGGACAUGAGAGGAUCUGGAGAUUUUGUUAGAGGAAGUGGCAAUACCAGUGGUGGUGCCGGAGGUGGCUUAACAAAUGCCGCCAACAAUAACAAUGCAGUAGGAGCUAAGACACAACAAGGCUCUAAAAUAGUAUUUUCAGCUCAUUUUCAGUCGAAUCUACCACCACGGUUUCGUCAACAACAGCAAAUGCAAACGACAGCUUCCUCUGCAGCUGGUGUAGGAGGAAGUAAUGGCUCCGGCGUAAGUGGCAAUAACCAAUCGCAAACCGGUAGAUCUAUUUCUAAUACAAAUAGUAUGGGUAUGGAAAAGUCUUCAUCUUCGACUACAAACAAUUACGAUAAUUCCUCUCGUUACAUACAAAAAGGUUCAGGAACUCAACGUAUGGGCGGUGGAGUUAAUAGUGGAGGACGUGGCGGUGAAUACCGUGAUAACUAUACCCGCAGUGGGGGUUAUCGUUCACGCAAUGACAGUGAAAGAGAUGAUGAUCGUUAUCAUGGUGGUGGGCGCGGUGGCAACCGUGGUGGAGAUGAUUAUGGUCGUGGUAUGGGUCCCAAUCAAUUGUCUCGCAGUAUUUCCGAUACUUCCCAGCGUAAGACUAGUGUCUCAUCAAAUGAUGAUUCCGUAAAACAUGGUUUUACCGGAGACUCUAGCAACUAUGGCAGUGGUUUGGUAUCCUCCUGGGCUGAAGAAACCGAUGCAGAACUAAAGAGACAACGUGAUGAAAGCUUUUCAUCUUCGCACAGUCAUGAAUCGAUACCCAUUAAGAUAUUGCAAAGGCCUCAUACCCAAAAGAGUGUUUCGGAAGAGGAAACUUCACCGCCACAACAAAAGCAGCAACAGCAGCAACAACAGCAGCAUCAUAUGCAACAGCAACAUCAUAAACAACAUCGUAUGAGUGAGAGCAGUGAUCAUCAAUCUUCUAACACUUUCGCCCCCACACAGAUAUUAAGACGUUCUGAAUCGAAUGAUCAAAAUAAAUUGAAUGCUACUGCAUCUACAACAACCAGUCCCACGGAACAACAACAGCCACAACAAGCGGCUAAACAGUCGGAAGAAAGUAAAGAGCAAACACAUAAAACUGAAAAUGAUUUGCAAGCUAAGCGUACGGAAACUGAGACAAAUACGCGCAAAGAACUUUCACCUAAUGUGGGAGAUUCGGAUAACGCCAAGUCGCAGCAACAUGAACAGGAACAACGAGCUCCUUUGCCACAAAGAGAAAAACGUCCCAGUCCUAGAAGCGGCGGAGGACGAGAUUCUGCUGGUGGUGGACGUGGUAAUGACAGAGAUCGUAUUUCUCACUCUCGUAGUUUUGGAGCCAGUGGAGGUUCCUAUCGUGGCGGCAGAGGAGAUGGCGGCGGUUGGAAUCAACGAGGUGGUAAUUCGAGAGGUGGACGUUAUCAAAACUCGGGCAAUAACCAAGAUAUGCAUUAUUCAGAUCAUGAUAAUGAGGAUAAUGAUGAUGAUCACCAUUACUCAAGCGGCAGACGCUCGGAGCGCAGUCCCAAAGUACCACGUAAAGAUGGUGGUGGUGGAAGAGGCCAGGGAGGUCGAAGCAAUGCCGGUUCUUCAGACGAAAGAGGUUUUGCUCCUCGUGGUGAACCCUCACGCAGAGGUCGUGGUGGAGGCGGUAAUGUAGGUGACAGAGGCAUGAAUUCUUCCUCCUCGUUUAGAACACGCUAUGUACAGAGUUAUGAUGAUCAUAACAAAGACUUGAAACGCACCUCAGAGUCAUCGGAGAACAAUAAUACCGAAGUAGACAAAACCAAGCAAAAUCAAAUGGCCUUAAGUGCAGGUCUCACUAAAGUCAAAGACAAAGAUGGUGGAGAACGUUCUCAAACCCAAACAGUAGCGGGAGGCAAACAACAGUCGCCACCACAACAGCAGCAGCAAUUGAAAAAAUCCAAUGAACCUGAAAAGAAAAACUCGACCACUACACCACCCAAACAGUUUGCAGGAAGUGGCCAACAGCAACGUAAGGAAAGUAUUUCAAGUACGAAAACCGAUGAUGAACGCAGCAACAACUCAAACAACAGCAGCAAUACUAACAACCAAGAACGGGACAAGAAAUCUGCUUCUAAGGAAAAAGACUUACCCACAACGGCGGCUCCGACUUCAAGAAGCUCCUCCAAUAUUACCGGUUCAACAAAUAGUGCUUCACUGGCGGCUGGAACACAAGCUAAAAAACAAGAUUUACCAAUGACAACACUGCCAAAUGCUGUUACUCAAGGUACAACCAUAACAGUAAAACCUACUCAGCAACAGCAGGUAAUGCAACAACAACAGCAACCACAAACCAUAACCAAACCGCCACCAGGUCUAGGAGGCACAAUUAUCAAACCAGCCGUCUCAACGUCUGGCAUUUCCUCUUCAAUGCAGCAAAAAGCGGCGCAAGAUUUACAGAAAAGUAAAGCGGAUACAAAUGCCGCUGCGCAAAAACUCGAAAAUGAAAAAUCCAAAAUGUCAACGGUCAGUUCCAUUAGUGUAGACAAUAAGUCCAGUACAGGAGGUCUACUUAUUGAUGGCACACCCGUCAAUACCAUAAUAUUCGAAAAUACCAAUUACAAACAACAAGCACAAGCAGCGCAAAUGAAACGUUCCUCGGAAUCCUUAGUGGCUUCUUCGGUGGUUGUUUCUAAUGUUUCGGGUGUUAAUGUUUCGGUAACCGGUGUAGAUACUCUAACCAAUGCUCUAUCACAAAUGACAUUUGGCGGUAACUCGAAACAAGCAGCCGACAGUAUUGUGCAACAGUCUACAGUAGUUGGUGGUAGCGGUGUAUCAGCUAAUGAUUAUGAUAAGGAAAUGAAGCUUGGCUUUUCAUUUGGUGAUGCCACCGAAUCCUACACUUCAGCCACCAAAGGUAUGACACAACAACAGAAUGACAAUGAAACAAAACAAACGAAUCAAAAUCAUCAGCAGCAGCAACAACAACAGCAGCAACAGGCACAAGCUGCUAUGCAACAGCAACAGCAGCAACAACAACAACAGACUCCCCAACAUCAGCAGCAACAAUCUCAACAGGCUCAAAACAUUAUAUCGGCAGCAGAUUUAAAUAUGAAAAUUGCCAGUGUCAAGAAAGUAUGGGAAAAUGUGCAACCGACUUUGUCCAACGAGGCGGCAUCUACGGUAUUGCAACAACAACAGCAACUACAUCAUCAACAGCAGCAGCAUCAACAACAACAGCAGCAGCAUCAACAGCAACAACAAAUGGAAGCUGUAGAUACUAGCGGUCAUAUGACUGCCGCUUCUUUUGUAGCCGCUGUGGCCGCCUCCCAACAACAGCAGCAACAACAUUUGCCUCACUAUGCUGUAACUGCGGUACACAUGCAACAUCAUUCUUUAUCUUCACCCGGCACUGUGCCCUCGGCAUUUGGUGGUCAUGCUUCAGCAUUCGAUGCUGCUCAAUUGGAGCAACAGUUUAGUCAGACUGCCGCCGGCAUUGUGGUGGGAGCCAAUGAUGAUAACUCCGUAGUAGGUUAUCCCAGUCCACAACAACAACAAAAUGUGCAACAGCAACAACAACAGGGUCUCAAACAUCCCUCGGAUGUUGUGAAACAACAACAGCAGCAGCAGCAACAACAAGUAUCAGCUGCCGCUAAACAAAUGCAACAGCAUCAUGCCUCCUCGAUGGGUAUGUCACCACCACCCAAUCUCCAGCAACAACAGCAGCAUCAACAACAACAACAACAGCAGCAGCAACAACAACAACAACAAUCGGCUGCCCAACAACAAAUACAUGCACCUUUCUAUCAGGCUUCACCACAAUUCACGGGUAUGCCCACCAUACCCAGUCCACCGGCAGCUGUUGUUUACAAUUCAUCACAAAUGCCACCUCCACCCUCGCAGGGAGGACUCUACGCACCAUUCCAUUCUCUUGAUCAUUCAAGUCGUUCACAGUUUUCGGCAGCUGCGGCCCACAGUUUUCCCGGACACUUCGGUGCGGCCGCCGCAGCGGGAGGACCCUUUAAUGCUUAUCCCAUACAAACACCACCGAAUAUGGCUACUGCACCCACCCCCGAAAUGUACUCUAACCUCACUUCACAAUUCCGCAUGGGUGGAGGACCCUCACCGUUUGGCAAUCCCAAUUCGCAGCAACUAAACAAUCCCAAUGCCGCAGCCGUGGCCAUUAUCUCUUCGAAUUCCAAUUCUUUAAUGUCCACAGUGGGUUCUGUCAAACCGCCUCCCUCCUCCCAACAAUUAGGCACCAUUGGCUCUAAGGGAGCUGGUGGCGGUGGACCCUUUGCCGCCGCUCAACAAUAUAUGAACUUGUAUGCUGCUGGUCCACCACCACAGCAUCCUCAAGGAGGUCCUCCUGGACCUCCACCGGGAGCCCAUCAAUUGCAAUCGAAUAGCUACUAUUCAAAUUCUGCUGGCGGACCUAGUGGACCUACCGCUUUCUAUGGUGGUCCACCACCACAAGGCGCUGGAGCUGGUGCUCAAAAUUAUGGUCUGGCGGCUGCAGCCGCAGCUGCUAGCCUUUAUGGAGGACAUGCUGGUCAUCAAGGUGGUCCGCCAGGUUCGAAUGGACCACCUGGUCCUCCACAAGGUCCCCCAGGUCCACAAUCUCAACAUACAAUGGGCAACUUUAAUACACAAUUUAUGAACUCACAACUGUUAACGGCGGCGGCUAUAAAUCAAUUUCGUGGCGGACCAACGCCACAGCAACAGGCAGCGGCUGCCGCGUACAUGAAGUCGAGUCAGCAACAAACGCAUCUACAAGAUUCGAUGGGCCGUCAAUUGAAAAGCCCUUUGGGCGCUGAUGUCAGUUUAAAUUUGGUUAAACAAGCUCAAUCACAACCAAGUCCACCACAUCAUAAAAAUUAUGGAAGUUGGGAUCAAGUAAUGCAACAACAGGCUGCUGCUCAGCAACAACAGCAACAGCAAUCUCAGCAGGCCGUGCAACAAAGAAUGGCUGGUGGCCCUGGUGGUAAUAAUCAAAAUAUGAAUCCUAAUAAUCGUGGGGGAGGUGGUGCUGGUGGUCCACCAGGAUCUCAAGGAUCCCAGGGACGUUAUCCUACGCCCAUACAAAGGCCCACUAACUAUCCACAACAUCCACAGGGACCACAAGUUCAGCAACAGCAACAAGUACAACAGCAACAACAACAGCAGCAGCAACAACAAGCUCAAAGAGGUCAACAACCUCAAAACCUUCGCCAAGGAGGCGGAGGUGGUGGCAAUGGUAAUGGCGGACCGCAAGGUGGUGGCCCUGGUGGUCCCCAAGGCGGUGGCCAAGUAGGUGCUCCUGGUAAUGGAGGAGGCCCUGGUGGUCCCGGUGGUAAUAAUCAAGGUGGCGGCAAUAAUAAUCCACAAUCGGCUAAUCAACAGCAACAACAACUGAAUAAACCCUAUUAUGCGAACAAUGCGGCCAGUGCUGGUCCAAAUCGAGCUAAUCACAAUUAAAUUACAAAAAAAA